UCUAGAGAAACAUAACACCCAAUGUCAUUCUUCUUCUUCAGGACCAACGGGCCAAAGAUCUACCUGCGCACUGCACUGCAAUGAAGCGGAGAAUUAUGCAUAUGAAAACGGCAAAAGUUAUGUUUACGAAUACUCGGUGACGACCUCUACCGCCCUCCUGGAAACCUUCGAGGAUGACGCCCACUUGCACAUCACCGCCAACGUCCAUAUCGAUGUCUCUGCCCCCUGCGAGUACAUCCUCAAGUUGACCGACGUCAAUCUUGAUGGCUCGUCUCACGGACCAGAGUUCGCUGCUGCUGUUACCAAGUCUCCCUUGCGCUUCUCCUUCCAAGAUGGCCGCGUGGAGAGCAUCUGCAGUGAAGCAUCUGAGCCGGCUUGGGUGCUGAACUUCAAGAGAGGUGUCCUUUCUACCUUCCAGGCCUCCAUGGCCCAUCAGGGUGUCGAGGACAUUAAGGAGACAGACAUCUCUGGUGUUUGCAUGACUCACUACAAUGCUACAGUCGAAGGCAGUGUUGUCACCAUUGAUAAGGUCAAGGAUUUAGCCACGUGUGCUCAGCGACCUGACCCGACCUUCAUUCCCUCUACUGGAUAUAUCAGUGACUCUCCAGUCCAGAGCCUCCCAAUCUUUAGAAGCUCAAGCAAGUGUCACCAAAGGGUAGAGGAAGGCCUUCUCAAGACGGCAGAAUGUGAGGAGACCCACGUGUUCCGUCCCUUCUCCAGCGAAAAGGGAGGAGCUGUUACAACUGCCAAGACCACCAUGAUUCUUAUGUCUCAGGAACGACUUACGCCUAUCACAGACUUUGACUUCAAGCGCAAUACACUAGCAUUCGAGAACACACUCACCCCAGAAGCCCAGCUUGAAGCAGUUGAGGAGAUCUUGAGCAAUCUGGAGAUUGCUUCCAACGGUGAAAUCCUUCCAGAGGUUCCUUCACUAUUUGCCAAACUUGUGUCAUCACUCAAGGAAAUGAAUUACCCUCAGCUCAACACUGUUUAUAACAAUGCUAAAGAAACUCACACACGGAAGUUCCUGGUUGAUGCAAUGCCACUGGUGGGAACAGCUGCUUCUUUUGGUGUGGUCAGAGACAUGUUCGUCAAUGGGGAUAUGACGGAGUCUGAGGCUGAUGUCUUCUUCACUUCACUGGCUUUCUUCAAGAAUCCAACAGCAGAAAUGUUUAUUGCUCUUGCUCCUUUACUCGAGAACAACCCAAGCCAAAAAGCAAUGUUGGGAACUUCUGCUCUCAUCAAUGCCUUCUGCAAAAUCAAUGAAGACUGUGGUGCCGAUUCCAGUGUACAGCAAGUUAUUCGUCGAAUUGAAACACAACUUGGAUCUGGCUGUCGCACAGUGAAUGAAGAAGAGAAAGUCAGGGUACUCGUUGCUCUCAAGGCACUUGGCAAUGCUGGUCGAUGGGUGAAUGCCAACUCAGUCUUAAGACGGUGCUACACUGAAGAUAAUGACAUGGAAGUGCGAGUGGCUGCUAUAGAGGCAUGGAGGCACACCCCGUGUGAAUAUGACCGAUCUCACCUUUUGGCUGCUUUCCAAGAUGAAAUUCAGGACACAGAGGUUCGCAUUGCUGCCUACCUUGCUCUCAUGACCUGUCCCACUCCAGAGCUCAUCAACACCAUCAAGGACCGUCUCAUUUCAGAAGGUGUCAACCAGGUGGGCUCCUUCAUCUGGACUCAUAUGAGCAACAUGCAGGAAUCGGCUGCUCCAGAAAAACAGUGGGUUCGUCAAAUGAUUGGCGAGGAACUUCUCCAGAAAAAGUUCAGUACGGAAGCCCUCAAGUUUUCCCGCAACUAUGAAUCCUCUUUCUUCAUGAAUGAAAUCAACACUGGCGCUACAGUUGAAAGCAAUGUUAUCUUCUCCAGCAAGUCCUACCUGCCACGUUCUGCAAUGCUUAACCUCACCCUCGACCUGUUUGGACAGUCUAUCAACUUCUUUGAGGUUGGUGGCAGAAUUGAAGGCUUUGAAGCUUACAUUGAACGCUUCUUUGGUCCUAGAGGAUAUUAUCCUGAGGAAACCAUUGAAACCAUUCUGAGGAAUAUGCGACAGAAUAAUGACGCUGAUGCCACCACCCUGGAAGGCUUCCUUGACCAGAUGACUGAUGAACCAGAGGGAUCCUACUAUCUCCGAGUCUUUGGCAAUGAGCUUCAUUACCACCACUUCUUUGGACUUGAAAACCUCAUUGAAACAUCCGGUGCUUCUAACCCACUGGAAUUCUUGAUGGAUCUGGCACGUCAGGGAGAUGUUGAUUACACAAAAUCUUACCAGCUAAUCGACACUCACCACACCAUUCCGACCGUAACUGGUUUACCUGUGACUCUCACUGCAAAGGGAACAGCUACCCUUGGACUCAAGAUGAAUGGAAACUUCAAGGCUCGUAGUCUUAAGAAUAUAAACAUCGAAGGCCACCUCCAUCCUUCUGCCGCAGUUCAAAUUGAUGGCGUUAUGCUUGUCGAUGCCCACGUGUCUCGCACUGGAUUGAAGAUGUCUUCCAACCUUCACACCUCCACUUUCCUUGAUGGCAAGCUUCAGAUCAAUGGCGGUAAACUAGUCGACGUUGCCUUCAACACACCUAAGGACAAGAUGGAAGUUAUCAAUGUUAAGACCGAGUUCUUCUACCUGGAAGAUGAUCAAGAGAUCCGAAAAGAUGUUGCAAACCUCAUCCAAGAAGAGACCUGCACUAGUGGAGUCACUGGCAUUGCCUUGUGUGGUGAAUACAGCUAUGCUCUAAGCUCGGAAUAUGGCCCAAGCUUCCCCUUCACAGGACCUUUUGCAACAAGUGUUCAUUUCAAGAAGACAAACACUCAGAAUGGAUAUGUCCUGCGCUACACUCAUGAGGAUGAUCAAUUUGUUUUCUUGUUUGAUACCCCAGGAUCCCAAACAGAUCGUAAAGUCUUGCUUACUAUUACUAAGGCUGCUAAAGCAAUCGACUUUGACCUUCACACGCCAUUUAAAUCAGUUCAAGGAAGGGGCGAAUAUCUCUGGCAGAAGAAUAACAAGAACACAAAGCUGGAACUCGUUGUUGAUGGCAACCAACAAUACAUGCUGGAGACUGGUCUACGCACAAGCGGAGAAACAGUCAAGACAAUUGUACCAUCCUUCAUUCUCACUUCCCCUGCUGGUCAAGUAUUGAAUAUACAAGGGAACUUCCAGGCCAACACAGAAGCUGCUAAAUACGUUGCAGAUGUUACUAUCUCAGAGCUAACUGCAUCUCCCAUCACUGUACAUGCAUCGUUUGAGGGCGAAAGUAACUCUGUUGCCAUGAACGUUGAUCUGAAAACACCAAUCAUUGACACAUUAAUCAAGAGUGAGUUUGGUUAUGGUGAGAACUUCCUUUCAUCCAAGGUGGAUGCAGAGUACAGAAUUAUGAAAGAGGCCAAACAGACAGUUCACCAUUCUGCCCUUCUUAAGAAGGAACUCACAGAGGACCUUUCCAAGUACAUUAUUGUCUUUGACGCGUCCCCAUCACAGUACCCUGAAAUGGCCCUAGAGUAUAACCAGAACAUCGUGCUUUCAAAGGGACGCAUGGAAAGCAACGCUAAGCUUGUCCAUGGCCCUGCAUCAUGGAACGCAAACGAAGUGGUAUCCUACGCCAAUAACAAUGGUCACCGUGAUUUGAACAUCCACUCGACACUGAUUUGCCCACACUAUCAGAUCGAUAUUUCUGGCUCCUAUGUCUGA